AUGUACGGUACAUCAGCUAAUAAUGUUAGACACCUAUUUAAUGAUUCUGAAGAAGAAACUGAACUUGAUUAUAGGACUAUUACUAUUACAGAUUUUACUCAGUUACUACAAAGUAUAGAAGAUAUUAGUAUUACUGCUUAUACACUAUCAGAAGGAGUUAAGAUGUCUUUUGAAAAGACACCUCUCAAUAUGCUCAACCAUGUAAUAAAUACGCAUAUUGAAGUAAUAAAUGAAUUAGGAAAAAAGAUUAAGUUGUUUAAGAAGAAGAACCAACUUAUACUUGAAGAGUUAAAAGAGGAAAAGAAACAGAAAGAAGAAAAAAUUAAAGAAGAGACAAAACCUCAGAGGAGGAAAACAGAAUUAUUAUAA